UCAUUGGGUCCUGGGCCGGGUAUGGGGAACUUCUGCAGCUCCCGGGAGGAUCUGCAAGAGUCGCGCAGGCAGUACGAGCACUACACCUUCCUCCGGCAGCAGAUCCUCUCGAAGCUGGGAGAUGACUUGCAGAAGGAGUGCAGGAGCCUCUACAAGGAGGAGUGCUGCAGAAGGCGUGUGCCUGCUCUGUCCAAAUCCGAUUGGGAAGAGGUUUGCCUCCCCUUCAUCCAGCGGGUCUCCUGCAAAGACGUGGGCACCCAGCAGCGGAUCUUCGCGGCGGUCCAGGAGGUGUACCCAGGGCCUCCGGAACGAGCGGUGAACGAGGCCACUUUCGUAGAAUUCAAUCGCCUGGCGCUGACGCUUGCUGAGCAAGACCUGCGCCAGCGCAUUGCCAAGCUCAAAGAAAAGUUUGGCGGCGACGCACCACCCAUUCCAGCCAACACGCACUUGGACUGGUUCGCCGACCUCCUGGGCAAGGAGGAGGAGCUGUCCAAGGAGCCCCUGCAAAUCUCCCCUCGCUCUGGCGAUUUGCCAAGCGAGAGCUCCAGAUUGCCGCCCCUGCAGACGUCGGCCCUGCGUCAGGCGCUGCCUCCCGCAGGUGCCGAUGGCUGUUUGCAGCCUGCAGGUGCCGAGGGCUUGGGGCCAAAAGAGGAAGCCAAACGAGGCCAGCGCCUUGUGAGCGCGAGCCCGGCGAGAUCAGAGGACGAUGUUGCUGGGAGUGCCUUCCAAAGCCAACACUCCUUGGGUCAGGUGUCCUAUGUGCUGAAAUCGCCACGACCUUCGCCGGAGGACAGCGUUUUGGGAAGCCGCGCAUCCCUGACAUCAGAGGCUUCUGUCCAACGGCGGAUGCGGGACACCGCACAGGUCGCCGAGAUGCGGAGCACCAUUCUCCGGGGCGAGCUGGAGGUGAUGGUGUUCAACAAGCGCCUGCAGCCCGAGCCGCGCAGGCUGGGGCUGAACCCUGCAGGCAAGCGGAUGUCCAUUUUGAGGACAGACGGCGCUUGUGAGGAUUCUUGGGACAUUGACCACCUCCAGUGCAUCUCGUUCGGCAUCGCCUCCAACAUUUUGCCAAAGCCACCGCCAGCGGAGAAGACGCUGUCCUUCCGCUUCCAAUUUCAGAAGUAUGGCAACGAGGCGCGCUACAUGUGCGCAAUGUUUGAGGAGGGCAGCAGCUGCCGCGCCGCGGCGGCGGCAUUCAGCCAGCUCUGCGGCGUGCCAGUUACCGCAGCAGAUGCGCCCUCACACCCGACAUACCACAAGUAGAGUGCCGCAAAGGGCAGGGCAAACUUGGAUGGUUCAACCGCCUCUUGGCGCUGCAUUUUCUAUGGGAAUCCUGCGUUCAAUCAUGUGAGAAC